CACAGUUGAGUUCGACCAAAGCUCACUUGGUGUUUGUUGGAAAGAGUAACGACGACGGUUUAGGUGAGUUUUACUUUGUUUCUGUCCAGUUUGACUGAAGUGUUUUACGAUGUGAAGUCCCGCCCUUUCCGGUGGACCACGAUCAACACAUGCAUCCGGUACAUUUUUGCAGUAUGCAAGCCAGCACGCUUUUCUGGGUGUUCUGCCCUACGGUAGAUACAUCACAUCGACUGAGCCGCCGAGAGAGCAGAGACAGAUGAGACAGCCUGAUGACGGCUCGUUGACGUACUGCGACGUGAUAUUUGAGCAAGAGGAUCAAAGUUCGAGGGCUCAAUGACGAAGCAGUGUGUCUCAACUGUAUGCACACAUUGAGACACACUGCUGCGCUGCACACAAUGUCUCAUCUGACAAUAAUCUGUCAAACUGAGGAAUCGUUUGUAAAAGACAGAAUGCACACCCACCUGUCUGUGUGACUGUCUGACUGUCUGUCUGUCUGUCUGUCUCAGGUCCAGUGAUGGUCUGCUGUAGAAGCCAGAGUAUGUGGCUUCAGCUACGAUCUCCGCCCCUCCUAACGAGUCCCUGACCCUCUGGAUGAACAUCAGACAACAGCGAUCGGAUCGCUCUCUGACCUUAAAUGUGAUCUAGGUCAGACUCCCUCAUUCCUGCUGUAAUGGAGAGUCCCGGCCUGCUGUCUCUCAUCGUGGCCCUGCUGGGUUUUCUGAGCCCGUGUCUGUCCAGACUGACUCCCAGAGUCUCCUUCCCUCUGGGAAGUCCUGGGAGACAUCUCACCUGCUUCAGUAUCCACGAUGUCAGCAACACCACCACUCUGCUGCUGAGCGAGGACGGAGACGUGCUGUACGUAGGAGCCCGGGACGCUGUGUUAGCGCUGGAUGUUAGCCACAAGGACACCAUCACACUGAGGACUAAGCUGGACUGGAGCCCUUCAGAGACAGACAUCGAACAAUGUUCCAUGAAAGGCAAGAAAAUGGCCGACUGUCCCAACUUCAUCCGUGUGCUGCAGUUCUUGAACACCACCCACAUCUACGCCUGUGGAACAUUUGCCUUCAGUCCACGCUGCACCUACAUCAACUCGGAGACGUUAACGAUGAGCCUGAAGCCUGACGAAGGAAGAGGUCGCUGCCCCUACGACCCCUACCAACGCAACACUGCUAUCAUCGUAGAUGGAGAGCUUUACACCGGGACGGUGGCAGACUACAGGGGGAACCGCCCGGUCAUCUCCCGCCACCUCAGUGAGGGCCGGCGCGUCGACCUGAAGCUGGACGAUACGUUGGGAUGGCUGGAGGAUCCGACCUUCGUCAGCUCCAGUUUCAUUCCCGAUGAGGAGAAAAUCUACUUCUUCUUCAGCGAAGUGGGCAGAGAGUACGACUUCAUCGACAAGUUUAUAGUUUCUCGUGUCUCUCAGAUCUGCAUGAGUGAUGUUGGAGGUCAGCGGACGCUGCAGCGACGCUGGACCACGUUUGCCAAAGCUCAGCUGUUGUGCCAGUCUGAGAAUGAGCUGCCGUACAACGUGAUCCAGGACAUCGACACCCUCCCACCAGCAGAGGGAGCUCCUGCAGACGACACACUCUUUUAUGGCAUCUUCACCUCCCAGUGGUUUGUCAACUCUGGACGGUCAGCGGUGUGUUCGUUCCGCCUGAAUGACAUCAAAUCAGUUUUCUCUGGUAACUACAAAGUCCUGAACCGGGACACGUUACAGUGGAGCACACGGGUCCAAGAGAAGGUCGCAAACCCAGGAGCGUGUGGCCUCCACAAUGCGUCUGACAACGCCCUGCGCUUCGUCAAAGAGAACUUCCUGGCAGACGACAGCGUGCUGCCGGUUGGAAGAAGUCUGACGAUGGUGUCUGCUGAGCACAACUACAGUCACCUGACCGUCCAGAGAGUCACGGCUGCCAACAACAGAGACUACACCGUCCUGUUCCUGCUGACAGAGUCUGGUUACCUUCACAAAGCAGUGCUGCUGCAGAGCGGCGCCCACAUCAUAGAGGAGGUCCAGGUCUUUGAGCCGCCUCAGCUCAUCAAGAGCCUGAAGCUCUCCAUACCCAAGGGUGUGAUCUACGUUGGCACGUCAGAGGGUGUGGUGAGAGUUCCAACAGCCAACUGCUCUUUCUACUGGACCUGUCCUCAGUGUGUUCUGGCCCGAGACCCGUUCUGUGGUUGGGACCCGGCCAGCAGGGCCUGUGUGGAGGCCUCCAGCACCCAGACCAGUCUAGGCCAAGACGUAGACAGAGGGAACAUUGAAGAGGCGUGCAACACUGCAUUUACACACAGAGCCAGGUUUGGUCCAAACAAACUGCCUGCAGGUGAACCGGUGUCGGUGUCUCUGAACGAAGUGGUGCGGCUGCAGUGUCCCGCGGCGUCGCAGCUCUCCCAGCAGCUGUGGGAGCGUCCCAACAGCCGGCUGUCCUCAGACCUGUACCUGCACCUGGAGGAUGGGAGUCUGAGCUUCGUGGCCACGCCCGCCACGCUGGGCCACUACCUCUGCCUGUCCACCGAGAACGGCUACCAACAGACGAUGGCCGUCUAUCACGUCAAACAGAAGAGCAGCCCCGUGGCUCAACCUCCAACCAGCUACGCCUGGCCUCAGACGCACCCGGUACCCACCACGAAGGCCGUGGCCGGGCCCGGGUCUGGACUGCAUGCGUCUGUGGGACCGAAAAGAACAGAAACGAGACAAGGAGAGACUGAGCCGACGCUGUCCAGCAGGGACGCCCAGCUCACCACUAGACAGCGGGGCAGAAACGUGACCCUGUGGACGAAGGGGUCUGGGCAGAAAGAGGCAGAGCUCCGGGACGGGGAGCUCCGGGACGAGGAGCUCCGGGACGGGGAGCUCCGGGACGGGGAGCUCCGGGACGGGGAGCCCCUGCUGUCGGCCCGAGGACCCUGCUACCUGAAGGAGCUGAUGGUCGUGUCGGUUCUACUGGUGCUCUGCCUCAGUCUGCUCAUCACGAUGCUUCUGUACGUCAUCAGACAGCGCUGCCGCGGCCGAACGGCCCCGCAGGCGGGAACUCCAACCAGAGACUCUGACAGAAGGACCCCCAUGGAGCAGGAGGCCCUCAGGGGGAGCCAGUUUCUGAGCAAACGCAACGGACAGGCCAGUGGGCCGGCCUGUAACGGGGCGCUCACCGGCUCUAACGGACAUCUGCCCAACACCCCCAUCUGACCAGUCUGUUACAGAUGAGAUCAGAGGCGAGGGGGAGGCCAGCCCAGGUACCAGAACCACCACGGUGACUGUCAGUCAGCCCAGUGGGAGGUUCUGUUGUUUGCACAGCCAAGGACACGGUACAUAUACCACUGUGGACUCUGAUCCGGAUGGGUCAGAUCUGGAUCUAAUAGGAUGGAAGAUGAUCUUCCUUUGGUACAUAAAUGGAGAGAUGUUCUGUUGUUGCCAGACACUGAAACACAUCGUCUGUUCUGUUCUGAAUGUGUGUUUUCACUCACUAGAGAGGCCGAACGCUGAUCCAGUCCAGCUGCUUCUUUAAGUAUUUUCAUAGACUAGUCAGUGUUUAAUGCCGAGCCAGCGACCGCUGCAGAUAUGCAUCUCUUUUUACGGGAUAAUUACAUUUUCAAGAGUUCAUUCAAAACACAUAUCAACAGAAUUUUAUUUUUUUUGCCAAACAUAUUUUGGAGGAAACAUAACUGAUGCCGGGUCAGAGGCCCGGUUUACCCCCAGUCCAGUAAGUAUGAUGUACAUGAGUAGGAGGUCGGGGGGGCUGAUUCACUAAUUUAUCUGUACUUGGUAAAGGUCACAGAGGUCACAGAGGUCACAGAGGUCAGUAGGCCAGUAGGCUUGUUUAUCUUCUGUUAGUGAGACGUGGAACAGACAUAAUGUGAACGUGCCUUGGCAGCGGUCGAGGUGAAGCUGUUGGUGGAGUUUUUGUCAACUGUUACUGUUACUGAUUUCCUGGUCGUCAUACACACUGGGCCGUUUGGACACAACAUCAAUAAAACAUGCAGCCAGAACCUCGUCCAUGAUGACACGGUGCUGUCACUGUUUUUACAUGCACAUCAAUAAAGAGGUUACAGACAGCU